ACCUACGUCCCAUGCCGUCCGCCACGUCCAACCCGGGCACCUUCUACGUGUCACGCAACAGCCCUUCCAAGUCCCGAACGGCGCCACGCCUUAAAACCCACCGGAAGGGAAGCGCACGCUCCUACGCAAAUUAACACAACACUAGACCACCCAAAGACUAGCUUUGACAUCGAUGGCGUCCAGCGACGAGAAGCCUGUCCCGACGCCGGCCUCGACCGGAGGCGACGGCGGGCCUCCGGGGAAGCCGACGGCCACGUCGUCGGUCCUUCUGGACAAGGGCGCGGCGGCGCUGCAGUCGCUCCGCCCCGUGAAGCAGAUGAAGCAGCACGUGUGCACGUUCGCCCUGUACGCCCACGACCCGCACCGGCAGCUGGAGACCCACCACUUCGUCUCCCGCCUCAACCAGGACGUCCUCCAGUGCGCCGUCUACGACUCCGACGACAAGAACGCCCGCCUCAUCGGAGUGGAGUACAUCGUGUCGAGGAAGAUGUUCGAGUCGCUGCCGGGGGAGGAACAACGGCUGUGGCACUCGCACGCGCACGAGAUCAAGGAAGGGCUGUGGACGACCCCGCGGGUGCCGGGGCUGCUGUCCAAGACGGAGAUGGAGACGAUGGCCGGCACGUUCGGCAAGUUCUGGUGCACCUGGCAGGUGGACCGCGGCGACCGGCUCCCGCUGGGCGCGCCGGCGCUCAUGGUGUCGCCGCAGCGGGAGCGCGAGGGCGCCGUGCGCCCGGACCUCGUGCGGAAGCGCGACACCAAGUACGGCUUCUCGACGGAGGAGCUCAAGGCCGAGAGGGCCGGCGUGGAGGCGCCGGCCGACCCGCGCCCCGGCCAGGCCGACUACUGGGUCAGGCACCACAAGGGGUUCGCCGUCGACGUCGUGCCGCACGACAUGAAGCGCCACGCGCCGUUGCCGUGAACGAAACCAAUUCCGUUCGUCAGGGUUGUUGUGCUCCACACAGCAGCGAGCAACGCCUGGGGCGGCGGAGCUGGGUCAUGAGUUAUGACAGUGCUUUUGUGUCGUGCGGAACUGUACAUUUCCUUUCGUAAUCCUAGUAGGGGAAAUAAGACCGCCGGUGUCAGGAUGAACCGAUGAAAGACUAGAAUCUUUGUUGGUCCAGCCAAUCCUGUUGGUCGUUGUUGCGUAUCUGCUGUAGUCGGCCGUAUACGGGUUUAGUGUUGCUGACUUGCUCUGUACUCUGCUUUCCGGCACACCCCGCCGGCACUCGGUUGAUUUCUCCGCGUGCCCCGGGCGACACUCGUUGGUUUGCUCCA